UAAGUAUUUGAGAUAAUUGUCAAGCCACCUGCAGAAAAAUGUCACUUAUUAGACGCAUGCAGUGGUUGGUAUUUGGAGGUGUAUGGCUCGUGUAUGCUUCAACAUAUUUGUUGCGCAAACCUUUGGGUGUGAUAAAGGUUGGAAUGGCCAAGGAACUGGGGCUAUCUAGAUCUCGUCUGGGCUUGCUAGACACUGCAUUACUACUGCCUUAUGCCUUGGCACAGGCACUCGGUGGUGCCACUGCUGAUCGUAUGGGACCACGUCUUACAGCGGCAGCAUCUCUGGCUGUAGCAGGCACUGUAGCGACAGCUAUUGGUGCUUGGAGUGGAUUUGCAGGCCCAAUGUUGUUGUUGGCACUUUGUGGAGCAGCUCAGGGUCCUGCUUGGCCAGCCUGCUGCAAGUGCCUAGCUGCAUGGUUUCCAGAUAGGACACUAAACACUAUAUUUGGACUAAUGUCAACAUCAGCUUAUGCUGGUGGUGCUGCAGCUACAGGUCUGGCAGUGUGGCUGCAAGCGGCAUAUGGUUGGCGUCUUGUCUACUUACCAAUGGGCGCAGUGGUUCUUUCUUUAUCACUUCUUGCGUGGAUGUCAAUGCGAUUACCAACUGACUUUGGGAUGGUUGUACCUGGCAAAGAGCACCCAUCUGUUCAGACUGGUUCUUCAUCACGGCCACGAUCAUCAUUGCUUGAACUUUGGAGACUUCCACUUGUUGCGGAGAUGGCUGUUGCAGUGCUUUGUCUGAAGCUGGUGCGCUAUACUGUGUACCUGUGGCUGCCUACUUACUUGAUCCAAGCUUUAGGAUUAAAUGCUGCAACGGUAGGCAUCUUGUCAGCAGUAUUCGAUGCUGGCGGUGUUGUUGGAAGUGCUUUGCUGGGACUAGCUGCAGAUCGUCACAGCUCUCUCUUUCACACGUGGCUAGCAGUGGUGGUUAGUGCACUGGCCUUCAUCCUGUUCCUUGUAACUGCAGCAUGGGGUCCCCUGUACAAUGCUAUGCUGUUGCUGCUGGCAGGGGCAUGCAUCUGUGGACCUGAUGCCCUUUUGGGAGGCUCACUCGCAGUAGCUGCAGGUGAACGUGAUGGCAGAGGAGCUGGUGCCGCUGUGGCUGGUCUUGUAAAUGGCUUUGGGAGCCUGGGAGCAGUACUGGAAGGUCCCCUGGUUGGCUGUGUCACUGAUGCCUAUGGAUGGGAAGCUAUGCUGCUGCUGGUUGUAGCACUGCUCUCUGUUGGUUCCUUCUGUGUACUGAAGGCACUAUUGUUCCAAAGAAGGCAGGCUGUUUUGGUCACUGGAUCUCUGUUAUCCAACAUGGACUAAUUGUUGUCUUGAAAUAUGUGAAUGUAACUAUUGAUACAUCCAGAGUACAUGUACAGUAUGUUGUUUACUGUCGAUUUAAUGUAACAUUUUUUGAGAGGAACAGUAAAUUAUAAUUUUAUGAAUUGUCA